GAGCUUGUUUAUGUGGAGUGCUGGCUCAGGGUUCCGCCCACCGACGUAUCUGUGAUCGCAGGGCACACAGGCACAGAGUGUAAAAUGGCGCACAGCUGUCGGUGGCGGUUCCCCGCUCGGCCCGGAGGGAGCAGCAACUCCGGCACCGGGAGGAGAGCGGGCCGGAUAAGGGUCACUGCCUCUCUGCGGAGCGUCCCAGGAGCCCAUCCGCACGCCGCCGGACUCGGACCCGGGUUUGAUGCUGCACUACAGGUCUCUUCGGUCAUCGGGAGCAACCUGCAGACAUUUCGGGAUGUUUUGGGGGAAUCGAGUGAUUCGAGCAGCGCGGAGGAAGAGGCGUUUGGAGGAUUUGGAACAGGCACUGAGCAGAAAAGAAUACCAAGUCCAUCAACGACCACUUCAUGUACACAUUCAUUAGCUGGCCCACCCACACAGGAGAAGAAGCCACGAGGGCGACCACCGCGUGCCCUAACUGCCCAAAAAACUGCUGCUGCUGCUGCAGGUCGACUUUCCCCUCCCUCCCUCUCUUCCCCCACACAGGCCAAACCUGAAGGUCCUGAAAGGCCAGCUGAGAAGGUGAAAAGGCUGCCUGGGAGGCCACCCGGCUCCGGGGAAAAGCGAAGAGGCCGUCCCCCGUCCUCAAGUUCCAAGAAUGCUUGGACUACAGGCAGCCAUGCGGCAGCAGAGGACGGCAGGCAGGCUGGGUCUGAGUCAGCCAUGGACACAGAGGAGGACAGAGACAGAAGAGGGGCAAAGAGAUCACCGCUGGGCUCUGCUCAGCUGCAUGAUGCCAUUCUGCCUAAAGGUGGGCGGGGUGUAUCCAAAGUUCCCAACUUGAAGCGAGCAACUUCGCUGACAUCAUUCAAGUCGCGACUCAAGGCGUUGCCCGGUGUGCCUCGGCGCAGGCGUGGUCGCCCGCCGUCAGCAGAACGCCUCAAAGCCGAGGCAGCGGCGGCUCAGCUGUCCUCCUCCGUUGAAUGUGGGGAAGGAAAGCAAAAAGCCUUCAAAGGAUGGGACAGAGGAGCAGAACCACAAACGCCCCAGCAGACCACACUUAGUCACACCAAUGCUGCAGAAAACCAGGACUCUUCCAAUGCUGCUGCCUUGCCGUCUCCAUCCAAGCCGGACCGGACAGUGGCACUCCGAAAAAGCCCUCGUCACAGGAAGCCUGUCAGGAUUGUUCCACCGUCGAAGCGCACUGAUGCGACCAUCGCUAAGCAGCUGCUGCAGCGUGCCAAGAAAGGAGCACAGAAGCGCCUGGAGAAGGAAGCUGAGGCCAGCGGGGCAGGCACCUUUGAGACUGGCAUCAGGAAGACCCAGCUGAAGAACAUCAGGCAGUUCAUCAUGCCCGUGGUCAGCACCGUCUCCCUUCGCAUCAUCAAAACACCAAAGCGCUUUAUUGAAGACGAGGGCAGCUUUGUGUCCCCUCCGCCCCACAUGAAGAUCGCACGAUUAGAAGCGGCCUCAUCUGCAUCCACAUCCGCCCAUGCCACCUCCACCAUCUCUUCCUCCCCGUCGCUGGCGAUGGCCUCCUCGGCAGUGACCACCACCAGUACUGGUACUACUGCUCCCAAUGAGUCUCUCCCCCCUCCGCCACCUCCAGCACCCGCCCCCGCCGCCCCAUCAACAGCUGACAGUCUGCUCAAUAGCAAUACCGACAACGCGGCCAACGGGCGAUUCAGCAGUAGUGCGGCGUCUUGCGGCUCAAGUGCCGUGUCGCAGCGUUCCUCCCAGCUUUCUUCUGCAGAGUCUUCCAGAUCCAGCAGUCCCACUCUGGACGACUCUUCCUGCGACUCUCAGGCCUCGGAGGCCACGCAAGCUUUGUCGGAGCCCGAGGAGCACUCUCCAUCCUCUCAGGGAGAAAGAGAGGCCAACCUGCUACACAGCUCCCGGCCGCCCUCGCCUCCCUCAGAACCAGAACGUGUUUUACCUGAGAGGAGUCGCCGUGGUCGGAGGGGACAGGGGGUGAGUCGGGGGAGUCAGGGCCAGACUACGCGGGAGACACUCACCGCCGGGGCCAAAAAGCCAAUCAUCAGCCCACCCACGGGAGUGCUCAUGUCCUCCUCACUUCUCAACUCCCAACAAGCGUCAUCCACAGCGUCCUCUUCUUCCUCGCCACCGCCUCCUCCUCUCCUCACUCCUCCACAGCCUCCUCAGUCAGCCUCCUCGAGUGCUGCUAUCAGUGAGCACCACUCUCCAUCACCCUGGUUGCCACACCCCAUCCCUCCGUUCAUGUCUGGCUCGUCAGUGCUGUCCAGCUUGUCGGACAAACGGAGCCGCUCCAUUCUGAGAGAGCCCACAUUCCGCUGGACGUCUCGGUCCCACCCUGAAUACCAGUACUUCUCCUCUGCCAAGUACGCCAAGGAGGGCCUCAUUCGAAAACCCAUCUUUGACAACUUCCGUCCUCCCCCUCUCACUGCUCAAGACGUAGGCCUGCUGCCUCAAGGUGUCAGCACAGCAGGGGGGGCUGCUCCGGGUACCUUCCCCGUGCAAGGCGGCAGCUCGGGAACGGGGAAUCGCCUGUUUGCUCCUCUUCACCCUCACAGCCACCACCAGCAUCCCUCCUCGUCCCGCUUUGAUCCCCCGCUACAGAAACGUAGCCCACUGUUGCGCGCGCCGCGCUUUACGCCCAGCGAAGCCCACUCUAGGAUAUUCGAGUCCGUUACACUGCACUCUUCGCCCGGUAGCAGCCCCGGCUCUCUCUCCCCGCACCAGAAGUCGUCAAGCUCCGGCAGAAGCUCUCGGCACAGGAGGCGACUCAUCUCUGGGUUACGCGGCCAGGCGCGGUCUCCUUCCCACUCGAUGACCAGGCGCAGCAGCCAAAUAGGGGGACGGAGGUCUGUGGGGAGAGGCUCUUCUGAGAUGUCUGCUCUGUCAGACUCCGUCUCCAGUAGUAACCCCAACUCCUUGCCAGGGGGCUCCGCUACCAGUGCCUUAACUCCUGCUCCGUUUGGCAAAUUCUCUGGUUCCAAGGGUCUGACGUCACAGGGGAUACCUGACGGCAGGAGAGGGACGGCUGGAAACUCGCUGCCUCCCUUGACAACGGCAUCAUCCUCCUCUUCGCCACUUUUCCCCCUCUUUUCUUCCAGUGCCCAUGACACAGGGCGAGCAGCUGGUAAAGCAACUAAAGAGAAAAGCAUGCCAGCUCCCCAGGAGCCUGCUCCAAAGGACAAAGACAAGGAUGCUGAGAAAAACCGUGAGAAGGAAAAUAAGAAGGAAGCGAGGAAGGAUGUGGAGAAAAGGAGUAAGGUCACUACUCCAGAUGGCUCCCCCAGUGCGCCCUCCAGCCUCUUUGUAGACGGGAGGGACUCGGAAGAUGCUCUUUUAUCUCUCGCUCCAAAAAAGGCUCCAAGGAGAAAAAAAUCAAUAUCAGUUGAUGUUACAGACACUCCAUCCUCUGAGGUGCGUAGUCUCCAUGCCGCUAUUCCCAAUUCCAUCGCUAAGAGCCGUGUGCCCAAGAAAGGGCGGUUCAGCGAGAAGGGAGCAGAUGUGGAGGAUGGUGAAAAGGAGAAAGAGAAGCAUGGUGCUUCCAGCCAGACGGCGGCCAGCCUCGUGGGGCAGCCGAGCAAACAACAGCUCCCGGUCUCCUCGCUGGGAUCAGUGUUGGAACAAGCAGAGAAGCAACCUGCGACCGACAAGCGCGUUGUUGGACUGCUGAGAAAGGCCAAAGCCCAGCUUAUUGAAAUAAAGAAGAACAAGCUAAAGUCUGCAGACCAAACCAAGGUCCAGGGUCAAGAGAGCGACUCCUCAGAGGCCUCAGUACGUGGCCCACGCAUCAAGCAUGUUUGCCGCCGGGCAGCCGUGGCGCUCGGCCGCAAUCGCGCCGUGUUCCCUGACGACAUGCCCACACUUAGUGCCUUGCCCUGGGAGGAGAGGGAGAAGAUUCUGUCUUCUAUGGGGAAUGACGACAAGUCCUCGGUGGCAGGCUCAGAGGAGGCCGAGCCUCAGUCCCCGCCCAUAAAGCCGCGGGAGACACGGCAAAAGGCUAUCCAAGAAGCUCCUCCCAAAAAGGGUCGUCGAUCGCGCCGUUGUGGUCAGUGUUCAGGCUGCCAGGUUCCUGAAGAUUGCGGAGUCUGUACCAACUGUCUCGAUAAGCCCAAAUUUGGUGGACGGAACAUCAAAAAGCAGUGCUGCAAGAUGAGGAAGUGUCAGAACUUGCAGUGGAUGCCCUCAAAGAUGUUUCUUCAGAAGCAAGGCAAAGGCAAGAAGGACAAGAAGAAGAACAGGUUGGCUGAGAAGAAGGAGGGUCUUAAUCCAGUUAAAGGACAGAACUCUGAGCCUGCAGGCCUCAAGCCCGCUCUUGCACCACCAAAGGAGGAACCUCCCCACAAAAAGAGUGAAACUCCUCCUCCAAGGCCGGGAGAGGAGAAGUCCAAACAGCAGUCAUCACCACAGCCAUGCUCACCAGCUCCAUCAUCGUCGCCUUCCCCGCAUCAGUCCCCACAAACCACCAGCACGUUCACAGCCCCUGACCAGUCUCCAGACCCAAAACCGCUCUCUGUCUCGAGCAGUGCCGCUAGCAAGAAGGGGCACAAAGCCCAUCAGCCGGCCUCCUCCUCCACCUCCUCCUCUUCUUCCUCGUCGCCCUCCUCGUCCAGCUCGUCGUCGUCCUCGUCCUCCUCAUCUUCCUCCACUUCGUCCUCAGCGCAGAAUUCCCCCGCACCUUCACCGUCUGCGCCGUCAGAUCCUCAAUCGUCACAGCAGGGUCCGCCGAGCAGCCAGCCGCCCUCGAGGAAGGACGCCUCACCCAAGAUUCCCCUGAGCGAGCCCAAGAAGAAGACCCAGCAGCCAUCACCCCAACAGCACAGCUUGACGUCAUCAUCAGACACAGUUGACCCAAAGCAAUUGAAGAAGCCAACAUCUCGCUCUCUCCUUCCAUCUCCUAAGCAGAAACCAAAAGAAAAGACGCUGACCACAAAACCCCCCGGCAGCUGUACUUUAAACUGGCAGGGCACUCCCUCGACAAGGGGCCAGGAGAAGUCAACGGCGCCCUGCGACGGAGUGCAUCGAAUCAGAGUGGAUUUCAAGAGGGACCAUGAUGUGGAGAAGGUGUGGGCGGCCGGCGGCCUCAGCCUGCUCACUUCUGUGCCUGUCACACCCAGACUGCUCUGCUUCUUAUGUGCAAGCAGCGGAAACGUGGAGUUUGUUUUCUGCCAGGUGUGCUGUGAACCGUUCCAUCUCUUUUGCCUGGGGGAGUCGGAGCGUCCUCUCCAGGAGCAGUUUGAGAACUGGUGUUGCCGCCGAUGUCGCUUCUGCCAGGCCUGCGGGUGCCAACAUCAGAAAACUAAACAGCAGCUGCUGGAGUGUGAUAAGUGCCGUAACAGCUAUCACCCGGAGUGCCUGGGUCCCAACCACCCCACAAGACCCACCAAAAAGAGGGUCUGGAUAUGCACCAAGUGUGUGCGCUGUCAGCGUUGCGGAGCCACCAAACCUGGGAAGUCCUGGGAUGCCCAGUGGUCACAUGACUUCUCCAUGUGUCACGACUGUGCCAAACUGCUUGCGAAAGGGAACCCCUGCCCGCUUUGCAAUAAGGGCUAUGACGACGAGGACUACGAGAGCAAGACAAUGCAGUGUGGACGCUGCAACCGCUGGGUUCAUGCCAAAUGUGAAAGCCUGACAGAUGAAAUGUACGAGCUGCUGUCGAAGCUGUCGGAGAGCGUUGCCUACACGUGUAUCAAAUGUACGGAACGCCAGCCGGCUGAGUGGCGGACGGCGCUGGAUGGGGAGCUCAAGGGCUGCAUUCGCCACGUCCUCACGGCGCUGCUCAACUCUCGCACCUCGGCGCACCUCCUACGCUACAGACAGGCAGUGAAACCUCCGGAUCUAAACCCAGAGACCGAAGAGAGUCUUCCAUCUCGUCGCUCGCCCGAGGGCCCAGACCCUCCUGUUCUGACUGAAGUCACGCCUUCGGCUCCCAGUGACUCCCCAGCCGAUCUGGAGUCUGUGGAGAAAAAGAUGGAUCAGGGCUGCUACAAGUCUGUGGUGGAGUUCAGCGACGACAUUGCGCGAAUCAUUCAGGCAGCCAUUAACAAUGAUGGCGGUCAGCCCGAGAGCAGAAGGGCUAACAGCAUGGUCAAGUCGUAUUUCAUCCGCCAAAUGGACCGUAUCUUUCCCUGGUUCAAAGCGAAAGAGUCACGCUUCUGGGAGCAACCAAAAGUCUGCUCCAACAGUGGUCUCCUUCCCAAUGCUGUUCUGCCCCCAUCUCUGGACCACAACUAUGCUCAGUGGCAGCAGAGACAGGGACUGUCCCGCUCUGAACACCCGCACCUCAUCAAGAACAUCAUUCCAGCUCCCUGCCCCAAGACCCCCGCCGAGCCAGACUCUCGAGCCACCCCUCCUCCACGCCCUCCAUCUUUACCACCGCCACCCCCACUCAUACCAGAUUGUGAAGACAUCCCGGAGCGUCCUCCUCCACCAGGCGUUGGCGAUAACAGGCAAUGCGCCUUGUGUCUAAAAUACGGAGACGAGAACACAAAUGAGGGUGGCAGGUUGCUGUACAUGGGUCAGAACGAGUGGACACACGUCAACUGUGCGCUGUGGUCAGCAGAGGUGUUCGAGGACGACUACGGCUCCCUGAAAAAUGUACAAACGGCGGUUAUCAGGGGGAAAAAGCUGCGCUGUGAGACGUGUCAACAGCCGGGAGCCACAGUGGGUUGCUGCUUCGCAUCUUGCACCAGCAACUAUCACUUCAUGUGUGCCCGCCAGUGCCACUGCGUCUUUCUGGAGGACAAGAAAGUUUACUGUUCUAAGCACAAGGACCUCAUUAAGGGAGAAGUAGUGUCUGGCUUUGAGGUGGCCCGCAGGGUACUAGUAGAUCUAGAGGGAAUUUGUGUGAAGAGGAAAUGGUUGACAGGACUGGAGCCAGAAAAUGUCCACAUGAUGAUAGGCUCUAUGGCCAUUGACUGUUUGGGUAUGCUGACUGAACUCUCAGACUGUGAACGCAAACUGUUUCCCAUCGGCUACCAGUGUUCCAGGGUAUACUGGAGUACCUUGGAUGCUCGAAAGCGCUGUGUGUACACCUGUAGGAUCAUGGUGUGUCACCCCUCUGUGGGAGAGUCCGCACUGAAGAGCACGGUGGCUCCUGAGGAGAAUCACACAAUCGCACACAGCCCACCUCCCGUACAAGAUUUUCCGGAUCCCUUUGAGUCUCCAAGGCGCUCAGACACGCUUUCCCCAGCAAACACUCCCAAGCUCAGGGUCUACACCAGGAACCGGCACCCCAGCUUCCCACCUGCCACCCAGCGCUUGCAAGCCCUAAGUCCACUGCCUUGUCCAGGAGGUGCUGUUCAGCCCCAAAGUCAAGUUGUGACCGCAGGAGAGCCACCACUUGACCCCGCCGCUCGGAAUCUUGAUUCCCGACGCCACAGCUCCCCAUCUCUCUCCCUUCCUCCUCAGCAGCUGCAAAAGGAGAGAGGGGUGAAAUCAUUCGCUCAGAUUUUGCCACGGCCUCUAACUUCACCCCCUCCGCUUAUCUCCUCACCUAUCAGAGACCCCGAAAAGGCAAAACACCUUAUCAAGGACGAUGAAAGGGGAAGACUGUUCACGCCAGACAGGAAUAGACAACAAGCAUCAAGGAAAGCGGACAAGGUGAGACUGUCGGGUCGAGAUCAAGCUUCCAGAGAGGAGAGGAUCCGAUCAUCAAGAGACCUGGGGCUCAAAGAGUCGGACGGUAGUGAGUCAACAGCCAGAGAGCAAGAAAAAUGGAGGCCGGGCAUGAAAGAAUCAGAGAGGGGUAGAAUUCUGGGAAAAGACUCAAUGAGAGAUGCCGAGAAGGACCGACCAGUAAACAGAGACUCUGAGAAAGGAAGACAGGUCAGUAGAGACACAGACAAGAGCAAAUCAUCCUUUAGAGAGUCUAGCUCCAAGGAUAUUGAAAAAGCAAGAUCAGUCAGCAGGGAUUCGGGGCCAAGGGACUCUGAGAAGCAUAGACAAUAUAGCAGGGAAUCUGGAAAAGACAGACCAUCCAGCAGAGACUCUGAAAAGUCUAGACCUCCCUCGAGGGACUCCAGUUACAGAAGCACAGAAAGAAACAAAGACUCAGGGAAAGAGAGUGACCCUGGCAGCCAGUCCAAACACAGUGGAGGCGAAACCAAGAACCUCAGGCUGGCACCAGCUGGCUCGGGACAGUCGUCUCCCCCCGUGGGCACCGCUGUACUCUCCAGCCAGCAGAGAGGUGGCAGCACCAAGCAAGCUGAACGGCACAGCAAACAUGGAGGCAAAGACCAGAAUCUCUCUGCAAGCCUCGGCGCUUUGGCUCAUCACAAGUCCACCCCCACCUCUCACCUUGUCCAGUCUAAGGACAAGACGAGCUCGGAGAAAGAAAGCACUGGAAGCUUAGCGCCAUCUUCACUCUUUAAUGAUUCCCUCGUUGGGAAAUCCAGCUUCCCGACGACUGCAAGGAAAUCAAAUGAUUACUCAUCAGGUCCAGCUGCAGGAGCAGCCAUGAAACCUCUUUGGCCGUCCAGGACAGCAGCAGACGAUGACCUGGUCAAACGAAGCUCCAUUCAUCUGGCCUCCCCGGCUGCAGUCUCAGCCGCCAAAGACAAGCCCUCCAAAGUCAAGGCGGGAGGCAACAGAGAGGUGUCCAAAGAUCGGGAGAAGGGUAUCCAAAACAGCAGAAAUGACAGCAAAUCCCCGCUCUUAAACAACAACGUGAAAGCUACUGGCAGCUCCGUUACGCAUGUUGCGAAUCCCGCCUCUCACAACAGCAACAGUAAAGUUGCAAUGCUUGCAAGCAGCACUAAAAGCCAUGGCAAGGCUCUGGGGGAGAAGCCGGAGAACCCGGGAGGUACCAGGUUGUCUGCAAAAGGCAGAGAAAAUUUCAGCUCCUGUGUGGACAACUUCCAAGGGAUGAAGACGUCCUCCCAGUCGCACGUCAAACCAACCAUGAAGCAGUUGGUGUUGUCUAACAGAGAAAAGAAAAAAUCUGUCAAAAUCCCCAUUGCAGCACCACUGAAGCCCGACAUUAAGACCGACCCCAAUGGCACCAGCAGUAUCGAUGCUAUUUCUUCAUCCUGUCCCACAACCACUACCUCCUCUGCUUCUCCUGCUGGACAGGAGACCCGUUGCUGUGUCCGCUCCACUCACUCCUCCUCACCCUCUGCCAGCAGCAGUGACAGCUCAGAAUCUGACACCCAGACUCAAACCGAGGAGGAGGACUUGCAUAAAGAUCAUCCCUGCACUGAUCUCCCAGACCACCUUCUCCCUCUAGGAACCGAAGAUGAGGCGGAUGGCCCUGAGGAUUACCACGACAGAAGUAUAGACGGCGCACAUCACGAGGAUGACAGCGACGGCUCAGGGUCGGCCAAGCGGCGCUACCCACGACGUAGUGCCCGCGCACGCUCAAACAUGUUCUUUGGACUGACACCCCUCUACGGGGUCCGCUCUUACGGGGAAGAGGACCUUCCCUUCUAUGGCAGCGGGGAUGGAUCUGGUGCCAUGGUUAAGAGGAGGACUGGCAAAAAGUCUGCUGAGGGGCAGGUGGACGGGGCGGAUGACAUGAGCACGUCCUCAUCAUCGGUGGACAGCGGAGAUGAAGAAGACGGGGGAAUGAGCCAGAGAGUCAAGGACCCUUAUUAUUAUAACUUCACACGGACAAUAAUCAACCCGGCGGAGGGGCUGCCGUCUAUAGAAGGACUGGAUCAGUGUCUGGGACGUGGCUCACAGCUGCAGCGCUUUCUGAAAGAUGAAGAACAGCAACAGCAGAGGACACAAGGAAAAAAAGACGAUGACAUGCUCAGUACAAUGACUUUAGGCAAGCAGCGCAUAGGUCAGCUUGAUGGCAUUGACGACGGCUCGGAGAGCGACACGAGCAUCUGCACAACCAGCACCACAACCACCACAGCCACCUCAUCUUCCACGCCGCACAAGACCACUCCAAGGAGAAGGGCCAGAGACAGGCACCAGGAGAAACUGGACUCCCACGAGGCGACCAAGGAGGCGCACACCAGCGGUGGAGUGAUGAGCAGCGCAGGAAACACACGAGAAGGCCGAAAGAGCCAGAAGGACAACUGUCUGGCUUUAGGUGGUGGGGUGAAGUCGGCGCCGCAGAGUCAGGAUCCUCUGGAAGCCCAGCUGUCCCUCAGCACGGACCUGCUGAAGUCGGACUCUGAUAACAACAACAGUGAUGACUGCGGAAACAUUUUGCCAUCAGACAUCAUGGAGUUUGUCCUUAACACACCUUCCAUGUCAAUGCAGGCUCUUGGCCAGCAGCCUGAGUCUGCCUCCUCUGAGCUGCUGCUGGAUGAGGGCUAUGUUGGCGUGGACGUCAACAGGCGUAAAGACAUCCUCUUUGAUGACUUUUCCCAUCCUCUCCCUAGUGCCGAGACGGGAGGUGUAGGGGAAAGCAGUGUGAAUAGUUCCAUAUCUGUAGAGGAGCCCUACCUUCCUCUUGAGCUCCCGUCUGAUCUUUCAGUCCUAACCACACGCAGUCCUACUGUGAGCUCCAAUCAGAACCACACUGCUGGAACCCUCAUCUCGGACACCUCAGACCGCGCCAUGUUGAGCUUGAGCUCUGACCCAGAAACGAUGAGCAGAGAGAAGAGUGAGGACAAGAAAAGAGCAGGGCCAGGAGUGUCACCCUCAGAGAACCAACAUGAUGCUCCCACUUUGGCAAACAGGGAUGUGCAAGUCCCUGAAGGUCACAUGACACCUGAGCAGUUUAUACCCAGCCCUGCUAUUGGCCAAGUGGUUGAAACUCCAGUUAGCCAGGAUGUUUCAAGAAAUCCUGCAACUCCUGGUUUGCCGAGCUCUCCGUCCCUGCCUCUUCAGGGUCAAAAGUUUCUCCCUACCUCGGCUGCAGCAGCAGGCAGCCCCAGUCCUGUCCCUGGUCCAGGACUUUCCCACGCUCAAGUUUCCACCCCAGCAGUCAUCAAACCAGGCCCUGAUAAACUCAUCGUUGUUAACCAACAGUUUCAGCCUCUUUAUGUCCUCCAGACUGUCCCAAAUGGAGUCACCCAGAAAAUAACUGCCACCAGCGUGAUGGACGCAGGCUCUCAAGCGGUCUUGAGCUCCAUGACGCUCGCCACAGGGUUGAAUACAUCCCAGCCUAUAUUUCCCGCUGGCGGCAAAGUCUUAGGUACGAUGUCUCACUCCUCUCAGAUUCAUGCGUUCAGAGGAGCAACCCAGGCCAGCUUCCAGACAGGAAUUCCCAGCACCACUUCAGGUCUUCUCAUUGGCUUGCCAUCACAAGCUCACGACCAGCCUCAGAUUCUGGUCUCCGAGGCCGGUCGACCGCACGAGUUGGGUCCCAGCGUUGCCAUAGUGUCCAGCCCGUCUUCUCUGACCGCUGUCCCGACCGCGCUGUCCUCUGCUCACGGAAAGAAGAGGCCCAUCUCUCGUCUUCUGCCGAAAAAACCCAAAAAGUUGGCUCGAUCUCGCAGUCAGCCCACUCUGGCCCCUGACGUCGGACCUCCUAACAUGACCCUCAUCAACCUCUCAUCCCCUCAGAUUACUGCCAGCAUCCCUGGCCAGCCUGGUAGCCUCGUUGAGCUAAGUACCCUCAGCUCCCAACGUAAAGUUCCCAAUAUUAUCAAGAGACCCAAAUCAGGUGGUGUUAUGUAUUUGGAUCCCGCUACGCUCCUUCAGCAGAGGAUCUCUGGUCCAACCCAAGCUGGUGUGCUGGAUUCCUCCACUCACAUCUUACCUUGCACCGCGACUGGUCUCAGCCCGAGUCAGUCUGUUUUGAAUGUUGUGCCUGUGCCCUCUAGUGGUGCUGCCGGCCUCCUGGCGCCAGGGUCUGUGUCCCUUACGACGCCUGUCCUUAGUUCUGCUGAAAUCACAGGGUCAAUUAGCAACCUCUUGUUUACGGCCAGCCCGCACGGAUUAGGCCUGUCCGACCAGCCGAUGGUCCUCCAGUCGUCAGGGGCGACUCCUCUGAUGUCCCAACUCAGCUCCCCUGUUCAGACGUCCAUAGCCAGCAGCAUCUGUGUCCUGCCUCCCCAACAGUCCAUCAGCGUGACUGUCAACCACCAAGGAGAACCAGACGGCAGUGCUGUGCAUUUACAGCAGCAGGCCUUUUCCCGAGCCCAGACUAUGGAGGCCAGUCCGAGCACAAACGUCACGAUAGCGCCGGCUUUGAGCCCGGUGAAAGGGCGUGUUGUCGGGGUGUUUAACCAGACCUUGCACUCCCAGAGCAGCAGAACGACUCCCAUUCACCGAUCCUCUGAACAAAACGUGCAAAACUCCACCGGUUUCCCAACAGCAAGAACAGAAAAGGGCAAAGUGAAAGCUAAAAGGAGCAGGCAGAGCCCCGAGAUGAACAGCAAGAAAGUCAGGGUGUCUCAGGCGGAGGAACAUCACAGUAACCCUGCAGGACAACUCCCCUCAAAGCCAAGCAUUUCACAAGAAGCGAGCUGUCCUGAGCCCAUGGACACAAGCGAGCCCCCCCACAAAAACAAAAGUGUCCUCGGUAAAAAGAGGGAUUCAGAAGAUCUCCCAGGAAAAGUUGCAGAAGACGCAAAAGCUUCCACCGUCGGAGGACCAAGUUGUCCCGCAGUCGCCUCGUCGCCCCACCAAGAUGGCAGCGGGAAAGACGGCAAACCCAAGAAGGGCAUCAUCUUUGAGAUCUGCAGUGAAGACGGCUUCCAUAUCCGCUGUGAGAGCAUUGAAGAGGCCUGGAAGUCCUUGACUGACAAAGUGCAGGAAGCUCGCUCUGAUGCCAAACUCAAAAAGGUGUCCUUUGAAGGCUUGAACGGACUGAGGAUGCUGGGAGUGGUCCACGAGGCUGUGUUGUUCCUGUUAGAGCAGCUGUACGGCACCAGGCAUUGUCGGAGCUACCGCUUCCGUUUCCACAAACCCGAGGAAAGCCAAGAACCUCACAUCAACCCCCACGGCUCAGCUCGGGCAGAGGUCCACCAAAGAAGGUCUGUUUUUGACAUGUUCAACUUCCUGGCCUCUAAACACCGCCAGCCUCCAGAGUUCAGGCCACAGGGAGAGGAUGAGGAGGAAGGACAGCUCAAGACUGCCAGACGUGCAUCGAUGGAACUGCCGCUCGCUGUGAGGUUCAAACAACUCAAGGCCACCUCCAAGGAAAUGAUUGGCGUCUACAGAUCUCCCAUCCAUGGCCGAGGUCUGUUCUGUAAGAAAACCAUCGAAGCAGGUGAGAUGGUCAUCGAGUAUUCCGGGAACGUGAUCCGCUCGGUGCUCACGGACAAGCGGGAGAAAUACUACGACGGCAAGGGGAUCGGCUGUUACAUGUUCCGCAUCGACGACUACGAGGUGGUGGACGCCACGGUGCACGGCAACGCCGCCCGCUUCAUCAACCACUCGUGCGAGCCCAACUGCUACUCGCGGGUGAUCGCGGCCGAUGGCCAGAAGCACAUCGUCAUCUUUGCCUCCCGCCGCAUCCACCGCGGCGAGGAGCUGACGUACGACUACAAGUUCCCCGUGGAGGACGCCGGCCACAAGCUGCCAUGCAACUGCGGCGCCAAGAGGUGUCGCAAGUUCCUCAACUGAGCCGCCAGUGCUGGUUUGUCCCAACUUUUAAUAUGCAGAGGAGGAGGGGCCAUUUGUACGACUUGACAAUAUACUGUGCCUCCUUUUAGUGUCACGUCACUGCAGUUUUUUGUUGUUUUUUUAGUUCCAAUUUGGACGAAUCAUUUUGACAUUGGCCCAGCCUCCCUCAUUUUUAAGAUGUGUCAUUAGUGAGACGCGAAAACAAAAACAAAUCAAAGAACUUGGUUCCACUUUACACCAAAGUGCAAUUUGUUGAAGGGAACAGAAAAAGACCAGAAUUUGUUUGUUUUUGGUGUGUAGCGAAGCCUGCUUUUCUGCACACAUGUUAUCUCCCAGUGUGAAUGUGCCCUGAUGCCUUCACAGCCACGGUGACCUGACCUGCUCACCUUACCCGACCUGACAAAAGGUGUUUUGGCCCCCACCCCCACCCCCCAACUUAUCCAAUUUGAGCGUUGUGGAGAGAGCAAGGCAGCUUGAGAUUCUGGUGGACUGACAGCCAAGGACCGCCCCACACCCCCACCCCGAGACCCUACUGACGUGCUUUAGUAGACAUAUUUAUUUUUGCUUGUCUGGAUGUUGUGGAAAGCGUGUGUUCUAUUUUUUUCCUUCCAAAAUGGCAGCAGCAAAGAGAACCAAACAAACAUGGCGCCCUUGAAUUGAUAUUUCUUGUGAUCGUUGUUGUUAUGAAAAUGUUCUUACUUGUAUUCAGUUUUUAAAGUCUGUUUUCUGUCUUUUUUUAUUAGGACGAGCAAAUAUCACGCUUUUAAAAAAAAAUGUAUAUAAUGUAUAUUUUUCUACAGUGGAAAAAAAGAAGCACUCACUAGUGAAUAGCACUUAACGAUGGUAUUUAUAUUUUUUUAAAACAAAUCAUAUUUAUUUUAAUGCCAUUUUUUUUGUAGGAAAUAGAGGUUUACAAACACUAAUGCGCUCUCUAUGUUUUGUACUCCGCUGCCUUUUUACAUUUGUUUGUUUUUUUUUUUGGUUGUUUUUUGUAGUCUGAAUGUUUUUGUUUGAUUCCAAAGACUGACGCUGGUCUGUGAUUCGGUCCAAGUUGGCUUCAGUCCACCAGGAGAUCUUCUCUUUCUUUUUCUUGUUGUCCUUCUUGUUAGAAUUGGCAGUGCGGCUCCUGUGAACUACUACUAUUGUGUUUAUGCACUCGGGAGAGGUUGGAUGGCGGUUGGCUGAUAUCUCCUCUCUCCGGCCUUACUGCCUCGUCAGCACAGACACAAGCAGUCAUAUCUAAAACAUGUGCACACAUCAUCUUCAGUCAAAGGGAGGUGCCUUUUAUGUUGACGCUCCAUGCAGCCAGGAACAAAGUCAAGUAUUAGGACCACACUGAAAAGAAAAAACAUGUUUUUAUUGUUGUUUUUAACCACACCCCUCAAAAUGUGACAACAUGAGCCUAAAAAAAACAAAGACUUUUUGUCUUGCAGUUUUACCUCCGUUUUUCCUCAAAAUAUGACAGCUUUUUCUUGGCAGUGUUACAACUUUACUCUGUUCAAAUGAUGACGUUAUUCUCGUAAGCUGUGACUCUUCCCUCCAAAUAUUCUGACGUUAUUCUUCAAAAAUGAUGACAUUAUUCUCGUAAUAUUACAACUUUUUUUCCCUCCGAAUUUGACUUUAUUGUCAUUUUCUUUUCGGUAUUACAACGUUUCAAUGUUUAAGUAGAGGAGUACGGGGUUGGUGGCGCUACUGCGUGCCAUUGGGUCCUUGUAGAACCGGAGCAGGAGCCUGGUUGGCAUUGCCAGCAGUAAGUCCAGCCUGUUCCUGGUGAACGUUGGCCUCCGCCAAGGCUGCCCUUUUUCACUGAUUCUGUUCAUCAUUUUCAUGGACACAAUUUCUAGAUGCAGCCAAGGCGUCGAGGGAAUCCAGCUUAGGAUCUGGUCUCUGCUAUUUGCAGACGAUGUGGUCCUGAUGUCCUCAUUGGGCUGUGACCUUCAGCGUUUACUGGGGAGGUUUUGCAGCUGAGACUCAGCACCUCCAGAUCGGAGGCCAUGGUUCUCAGUGGGAAAAGGGUGGAUUGCACUUUUCGGGUUGGGAAUGAGGUCCUGCCCCACAGGUGGAGGAGUUCAAGUAUCUCGGGGUCUUUUUUUCUCGAGUGAGGGAAAGUUGGAGCAUGAGGUCGUAGGAGGAUCGGCGCAGCGUCUGCAGUAAUGAGGUCGCUGUACUGGACCGUCGUGGUGAAAAGAGAGCCAGAAGGCAAAGCACUCAAUUUACCCCCCAUCUAUGUUCCCACCCUCACCUAUGGUCAUGAGCUUUGGGUCGUGACCAAAAAAACAAGAUGGUGGAUACAAGCGGCUGAAAUGAGUUUCCUCCGUAGGGUGGCUGGACUCACCCUAAGAGAUAGGAUGAGGGGCUCAGAGUAGAGCUGCUGCUCCUUCACAUGGAGAGGAGCCAGUUGAGAUGGCUCGGGUUUCGAGUCCGGAUGCCUCCCCGGUGAGGUGUUCCGGGCAUGUCUGGCCGGGAGAAGGCCCCGAGGCAGACCUAGGACACGCUGGAGGGAUUAUGUCUCACAGCUGGCCUGGGAAUCGGGUGUGUAACGAUCACAACUCGGGUCACUUUCUGUGUACUAAUGGAAACAAAAUUCAAAAUAAUGCCCAAUAAAUCCUUAUUGGCUAAAGUGCAGGUCCUUAUUGGCACCACCGCUAGCCAUGACCGUAUCGCAAGACAGCUCCACUUCCUCCACUCUUUACUGUGGUGAAUAUUUGGCCUCAACAAAAUUCAAAUGUGAGUACAGUUACACCCUUAGGAAUUAGGGUUUCACAUAAGUCAUAAAAAGUGACUUUUCAUUUGGCAAUAUUAUUUCUUGUAAAAUGACGACUAAUUUAUCAUCUUUACCUCAUAUUAUGACUUGCAGCUUUUUUCUUCCAAAUAUUACAACUUUAUUGUCCCAACAUACAGUAUUGUAUGUAGUAUUGUAUGUAGUAUUGUAUUGUAUUGUAUGUAGUGUUGUAUUGUAGCUUUUUUUCUUCUAAUAAUACGACAUGAUCACAAAAAUUGCAACGUUUUCCGCCCCAAAUAUUAUUACUGUCAUAAUACAGUAUUACACCUUUUUUCUUGUAGUAUUACCACGUUCAUGUCAUAAAAUUGCAAUAUUUUUAUCGCAACUGACUUCUUUCCUCCAUGUAGUACAACUUUAUCGUAAUCUUGCAACUUAACUUCAUAAAAUCUCAACUUUUGCCCUCACGGAACGACUGACUUUUUUCCUUCCAAUAUUGCUACUUUUAUAACAUACAGUAUUAUGACUUUUUUUCUCGUGAUAGUACAACACGAACAUCAUAAACUUGCAACUUUUUUCUCAUACGUCAUAGAAUCGCAACGUUAUUCUCAUAUGCCAACUUCAACUCUUUCCUCCAAAUGUUAUGACUAUUAGUACAACUUUUUCCUUGUAAUAUUACAACACAAACAUCGUCAAGUUGCAUCAGUUUCCCUCAUUACGACUUUGUUGUCAUCCUAUUGCAACUUUUUUCUUGCAAUAUUACAACUUUAUUUUGGUAGCACAAUAUGUUUUUCUUUUCAGUGUCCUAUUACUCCUUUGUGUCAUGACCAGUGCUCAUCAGUGUUUUUAAAAACAACUUAACGUAUCUCUUGUAGUACGCCUGCCAUUCAUGCUGACUUCAUUAGCAGUGACUCCCAUGCUGCCCCCUAGUGGUAAAACGCCUCUCUACAUGUAGUAGUCCUGCUUUGAUACACCAGAGUGAAGGUAGGGGGCGCCCCAACGAGGCUGCUAAGGUCAACAAUGAAUGUAAUACUCCCGCCUUCCUUGUGUGGGCGUGGUUUUCUGUUGCCGUGCCAACACGGGCGGCGGUGUUCGGUUUUAGCGUAACAACGCGACGAGUCACGGGCUGUCAAGGGCUCCAGUCUAACAGAUCUCACCUGUCGAGGCCCACGUGGGUCAAACUCUUCGGACUUCAUUUCUUCUGGAGGGGGGCGGUCACAGCAGUGCCACCCCCCCCUCUCUCUGUAAGUAUAGUAUAAAUACAUGACAAUAUUACACGGACACAUGCAUAGUCUUGUGCUUUAGUAUCUAUACCAUAUAUGGAAUGGACAAACAAACUUAGUUACAGUAGCAAUUAAAAAACAAAAAAAAAACAGCCGAUGAUUCUAAUAGCAAUGUUUCAAUGUACUCUAUAAUGGUUUUGUGUUACAGUACUAUCAGAUAAACUAACUAACGUGCAUCAAUUCUUCUUCUGUUUUUUGUUUUUUUUGUAUAAUGGAUAUCCAGUACCAGUUUUUGCUGUGCCUGUGAAUGCACCUUCGUCACUAAAGGCGCAUUUUUUUUCUUAGUUUUUCCGGGAAAAGGAGCAGUUCAAUGUUAUGAGACGUCAGUGUAUUCAUGUGCUUGUUGUUCGCAUUAUAUGUCAAAACAGGGACUUACUUGAUGUGGUGUGACUGCCAGCUUCCAAAGUGGCCGCUUUUAUUUGCUCCGAAGCUUUGGUUGUACGUAUCAUGUACUGUUUUGAUUUGAAAUACCCUAAGUCAUAAUGCUGAACCUUUUAAUUUAUUUCUAAGAAUACUUAGAGGCUCGACAAAGUUCAUGUUGUUUCUAUUGUUGGAUGGAAUGUGGUGUCGCAGUGGGAGUGGAUGCUUGAAAACAAAAGCAAAACCUUUGUCUUAUCAAUAGUCCUCUCUGUCAACGUCAUCCUCAUCCUCCUCAUUCUCUCCCAGCAAUGAAGGAAAGCCACCACAGAGGAAAAAAAAAAAAAAGAAACCACAGACUAGCUUAACUCGCUUGAAUGUAUAAUGAGGAAACAAAGUUGUACAUAAUGUGUAAAAAGAAAAGUUUCUAAUCAUGUUUAUUUUCUAUGCACUUUUUUAUUUAAGUGAUAGUUUCAAUAAUAAACAUGUCUCCUUUA